CGCUGCUGCUGGUUAAUUGCACAUUCAAGUGGAAAAUUUUCGGGAGUCAGCAGAAACAUUGUAUCCAAAAAAGACAAAGUCGCAGUUACAGCAACACCGAGGAGAUUGUCCCUGGAAAACUUCCUUUCGAUUUAUUCCCUUGAAGACUCCAGGCUUAGGCUUGGAGACCCCAGCCAUCACCAUUGAGCCCAGCAGCUGGAGCGGCAGCGAGAGUCCUGCCGAAGACAUUGAAAGAAUGAGUGAUUCUGCAGAUAAACCUAUUGACAACGAUGCAGAAGGUGUCUGGAGUCCUGACAUUGAACAGAGCUUUCAGGAGGCUCUAGCAAUCUAUCCACCGUGUGGGAGGAGGAAAAUCAUCUUAUCAGAUGAAGGCAAAAUGUAUGGUAGGAAUGAAUUGAUAGCCAGAUACAUCAAACUUAGAACAGGGAAGACACGGACCAGGAAGCAGGUGUCUAGUCACAUACAGGUCUUAGCAAGAAAGAAAGUUCGAGAAAUUCAAGCCGCCAUUAAGGUGUCUAGUCACAUUCAGGUUCUUGCCAGAAGGAAAUCUCGUGAUUUUCAUUCCAAGCUGAAGGAUCAGACAGCAAAGGACAAAGCACUCCAGCACAUGGCAGCAAUGUCAUCAGCUCAGAUAGUCUCAGCUACUGCUAUUCACAACAAGCUGGGCCUGCCAGGAAUUCCCCGUCCUACAUUUCCUGGGGCACCUGGGUUUUGGCCGGGCAUGAUUCAAACGGGGCAGCCUGGAUCCUCGCAAGACGUCAAGCCAUUCGUUCAGCAGGCCUAUCCUAUACAGCCAUCAGUCACAGCUCCCAUUUCAGGCUUUGAGCCCACAUCAGCUCCAGCUCCCUCAGUCCCUGCGUGGCAGGGCCGAUCGAUUGGUACGACCAAGCUCAGGCUGGUGGAGUUUUCAGCUUUCCUUGAGCAGCAGAGGGAUCCUGAAUCAUACAAUAAACACCUCUUCGUGCACAUCGGACACGCCAACCAUUCUUACAGCGACCCCUUGCUCGAGUCGGUGGACAUCCGCCAGAUUUAUGACAAAUUCCCGGAAAAGAAGGGCGGCCUGAAGGAGCUCUUCGGGAAGGGGCCUCAAAACGCUUUCUUCCUCGUAAAGUUCUGGGCCGACUUAAACUGCAACAUCCAAGAUGAUACAGGAGCAUUUUACGGAGUCACCAGUCAGUACGAGAGCUCAGAAAACAUGACAAUCACCUGUUCCACCAAAGUCUGCUCAUUUGGAAAGCAAGUAGUAGAAAAAGUAGAGACUGAAUAUGCAAGGUUUGAGAACGGCCGGUUUGUGUACAGGAUAAACCGCUCUCCGAUGUGUGAAUAUAUGAUCAACUUCAUACACAAGCUGAAGCAUUUACCAGAGAAAUACAUGAUGAACAGCGUCUUGGAAAACUUCACAAUUUUAUUGGUGGUAACAAACAGGGAUACACAAGAAACCCUGCUCUGCAUGGCUUGUGUAUUCGAAGUGUCGAACAGCGAACAUGGAGCACAGCAUCACAUCUACAGGCUUGUAAAGGACUGAGCAGUUAUUUAUAUAUACACUUCAUUUCACUUCUUUAUCGAAACACAGACUGUAAACCUCAACACUAAGUGGCAGUGCCUCUGGCCCAACUUUCACCCACAUUUUUCUAAAUCCUGUUUUAGUGAAGUCAUUUUUAAUGUGUUCAUAUAUAAUUGUAGCUGUGAAAUUCUGGUACAGUUGUAAAAAUUAUUUCUAAAACUAAGUGUUCUUCAAAUUUGUAAACCACAGUUCUUUGGGAAGACUGUAUUUAAGAACCUAACGCCUCUGUCUGUGGAGGCCUAUUUUUAAUUCUGAUAGAAAAAUGUAUGACAGAGCAUUUGCCAUGGGGAAAAACUGACAGCAUUUAUAAGAAUUUAUUUUGGGUUUUUUUCCAACAUGAAAUACUUGUUUUACAAUGCAAGUGGAAUUGAAAUGAAUCUUUAGCUAUAACUGUAAAUGAGUACACAAAGUUAAUAAUCUCUAUAGAAUUAUCUUUGUAACUAAUUAGGGUGGAAGAUAUGGACGAAUGUAAUUCACUAAAUUAUUUUUUAAAAUGAAACGUUUUUCUGUUUGAAACCAAAUGAAAAAUAUAGCCUUAAGAAAUGCCUGAUAGAAACAGACAGGUCCUAAAAUUAGGCAAAUUUUGUAUUUUUUUCUCAACGCUAAAACUAAUCUUCUAAUCCAUUAAACCUUCAAACAGGUGUUGCAGAAAAAGAAAACAUCACCCCUUACCCCUAACAUAUCUAGUGUAUUUUAAAAGAGUAUAAAGUUGUAUUGUACUAAUAUGAAAAUUUGAUUAUUUAAUGAUAAAGAUGGCUCAUUUUGCAAUAAGUAGGUGAAUACUGAAGAUUUAGACUUGCAUUAUAUGUAGUCUUGUGUGUGCGGUUAUAUUUUAUAUGGACAACUAUGUUUUCUAAUAAGUUGAGCAAAAAAACUUGCGACUCUGAAAUCAAGAGAUGAACGGAAACAACUGACAUUGCGACAGCAUCGAGUCAUUCGCAAACAGAGAGCAAAACACUGAUGUGUUUGAAAGAAGAGUGUGCACACCUCUGAAAGGAUCAGCAGCUUUAAUAUCUGUGAGACGCUAGAAAAUCGCAACCAACAUCGGGCAAAGAAGAUUGGGAAGUGUAGAAUUUUUGGGUUUGGGUUUUUUUGGUUUUUUUUUCUCUUUUUUCCUCUUAAUCAUGGUGCUUUUACACCUCUCCCAGUUGUCUCCCCAGGUCUGUCAAAGACCUUAUCCGAAACAAACGCAUGCCUACCACGUGGGGUUGGUCUGCUGUCCUCUUGGACAUGGUAGUGUUCACCCUUUUGAUAAAUUCAGGGAAGACUCCAGGAAGUGAAGCACAGCUGGAGAUAUUUUAACACUGUAAAGCUUCACACCACGGCCAUGGGUGUGAGCGAUUAUCUGGGGUGAGAGCAGCAGUCUCACCCAUCCCGUUCCGGACAGAGGGUGGUGCUCAGCUCCUCUCCUCCUGCUGCCCCUCGUUGCCCAAGCAGAAGUUUUUUGGGCAGGUGCUGGGUCAGCAGAGGCUUCUCAGGCAAAACAUUUGUCUGAAAGGCUGACCAAGCACAAGCCACCUUAGGGAUCAGUGAUGAGUUAUCAGCAAAGAGGGUUCUUAGGAAAGUCUUUUGCAGUCCUGACUCAAAGUUCACCUUUAGCAGCCCCCUCCUCCCUGCCCCUUAUGAUAUGUUCCUGUAGUAUCAUACUUUUUCCUUGUUACCAAAAGCCAAUUUAGUGCAAAACCAGCACAGAUCCCGUGCACAAUUUAAGCGUCCCAGGCCCAGCGCUGUAGUCUUCAAAUGAGCAAGUCUAAUUCUUUUCUUUAACUUAUAUUCCUGCAUAGUCCUUGCUGCUAGAAUUGCCCACUGUUGAAAUGUCUGGACUAGACAAGAGCCUAGGCGAGGUGGUGGGUCAGACCAGGAGCAUCCCUAACGCCAGUGAGGUCUCGGGUUCGAGGAGGGUGCAGACAUCACCGAGGGGUAGGGAGACUGCUUUAAUCCCUCAGCCUGAUCUGAGCUCCAUGAGGUGGAUGGUUUGGAUGGUUGCUGUGAUGUCUAGCUGCUACCUGCUUGCGGAUAUUAGGGCUGAUGAUCUUUCAGUUGUUCACUCUGCGAAGUGAACAGAGAAACGUGUCCAUGGCAAGGUCUCUUUUAAUGCUCAUUUUUAACACUAACAAUCACGUCAGGAAAAGCACUGCAUUGUAACAGCCUAAUGGUAGCCCUUUAUUCUAAGCACUUGGUGUUACAAGUCAAAAACUACUUUUUGGUUUUUGUUCUAAAGUUGUCUUUUAUUUAGGGUUUGAAUUGUGGGUUUGGUGAUUUUUUUUAUUUUUUUUUUUUUAAUAACAAGCAAACUCUUUAAGGCAUAUAAAGUAUGUAAGUCAAUUUGCAAAACCAGGUACAGGUUUGGUUUUUUUUAGUAGGAUCUGGCACACUACAUAUGCCAUAACUAUAGGGUUUAAACAGUCACAAUGUUUAUUGGUGUUCACACAUGUAAUGUUAGGGAAACUACUUCCAUCGUCUUUUCUUUACACUUCUGUAAAUGAUCCAUACCCUGUAUAUGAUAAUUCUUAAAAGCCUUAAUCCUUCAACUGUUGAGUGUGGGGUGUGUAGUCCAACAGGCUGCCUGUAAACUGUGAGCUCUUUUGUAAGCUGGAAGUACUUCUCUUGUUACUGUUACUUUUUUGUAGGAACCUUUUAAUUGAGAGCUGCCAAAGCAUUACAAUAUGCAGUGCCUUAGCAUUAUAUUAGAAGUACCUUUUAGCCUCUUAACAUUAAAUUUUAUACAUUGUUUUAUUAAUUGGUUCCAUUUUUAAAAUAUCCGUAUUUUUCCCCGCAGAAACGCUCUUUGACUGCCUGGUCUCAGCCAGCUGUCUGUACAAGUCAGUCCCAUUGCAGUGAGAUGUCUAUACCAAAAGGAAAGGUUACAGAUCCCUAGUUCUCCGUGAAAAGUGAAUUGUAUUAAUGAAUGCUGCCUUUUUAAAUUUCAUGACCAAAUAAUUAAUUGUGACUCUUCUGCACUCUAGCAUGAAAGUGCCUUUGGUUUGAAAUUCCAGCUUAGAAAAGUGCUGCCAUAAUAAUGACAAUUUGUAGAGAGACCAAAAAUAUUUAGUUAUCACCGUAAUGCCUUUGGUUUAUUGGAAUAAGUUGAAUCUACAGGCCUCCAUUCACAAAAGAGCACCAUUCGUAGCAAAGGGAUUUUGCUAAUGAUCAGCCUGCUGAAGAAAAAUCUACUGUUUGCCAUUUCUGACAGCAUUGCAAACCAGCAACUGAUUCGUCUGUGAUAUAAAAAUGAAAAUAUUCCCAUUUAUAUUCUCUUCAUCCGGUCACACAUCUGCAUAAUGAGAGAUCCGUAUCCUGCAGAAUUUCAGUGGACAAACAUGGCUUCAUCGAUCUCCUCUAAUAACGUUUUGGUAUCUGUGAAGAUUCUUUGCUUAGACAGAAGAUUUUGUUUACAAAGUUGUGCAUGCUGAAGGUCAGAUGCAUAAAACAAAAGGAACAUGGAGAACUGAGCAUAGAGAGGAUAAAUGCAAUCGUGUGGGUUUAAGCAUUGAAAUGUUGAGUGUGAGCGUUGUGGAUGAAGGUGCUGGUGGGGAAACUCUGGCCAGCACGACUCAAAACACAGGGUUGUUUUGUUUUCCUCCCAGGUGAUGUCUUGGGGGGAGAAAAAAAAAAAAAAAAAAAAAAAAAAAAAAAGGAAGUAAAAAAAAAAAAAGGAAAGAAAGAGAGAAAGAAAGAAAAAAAAUUAACUCCUCCUAAUAAUGUGUCUGUAUUCGAUACCUUCUGUGAACGGGGGCCAUACUCUCCACCACAACUGAAAUCAAUGGGAAGAGGAGCAACAUUUUAACAAUUUUAGAAAGAACAAAUAUCAGCAAAACCAAAAGCUGUCAGAGGGAUUAUAUAGUUGUGAAUACAAUGUUAACUUGAUUUUUAAAGUAUUUGAUGAAAACUAAGAUUAACUUUUUAUAUAGAGAAAUAUUGUGACACUGUGUGGUAAAUAUUGUGAUAAUUCAAUUUCCCUUUCUCUAAAAUAUUAUUUUUGUUAUUCCUUCAAGGUCUAAAUCUCACUUACCUCUAUAAGACAAGUAAUCCUGUUGAACUCAAUGAGACUGAGGCAGGGCAAAGACACUUUUGGCCCACAAGCAGAACAUACUUUUUCAGUUAUUGCCAAACAUUUUGGCUGUGCUAGUCAAUGUUUUUGGUAAACUACACCUCUGCCUCAUUCAAACGAGCAUAAUGGUACCAUUUGGGGCUGUUAAAAAUUACUACUAACAAAUGUAGUUUUACUUACUUGAAUUCCAAACCGAUUUUGUUUAGGUACUGCACCACUAUUUUGAAGGAAUCGCAGAUCCAAUGCCUGUUUCUCACUUUCCCUCUCCACCACAGCUGCAGCUCAGCUUGGCAGUAGCUUGUCCCGUGGAGCCCCCACGGGAUGGGCUAUUGGGAAUAAUGAAGGGUGUACAUUAAUGUUGAAUGUAAGUAACUGGCCAGUCCCAGGCAGAUACGACAUUUGACGUGCUAAUCCGUAUCUAUUUAUUUUUCCACUGCGAGUCCCGGGGCAUGCCUGCUGCCCGAAGCAGUGCCCUGGGGAGUUCCCUGGAGCCCUCAGUCCGUCACACUGAGAGCCCUGAUGUCCUGAUGUUGUCCCCGCUUUCCUUUUCCCGUGAGGAUACACGUGCCUGGGCACAGGCGGAUGUGAGGAGUAGAGCCCAGCUUUGUCCUUUGCUCAGGAUGAUCUCCUUUCCCCCCCCCUUCUUAUCUUUCAUAACCAGAUGCUUAGCCCCUCCCCCCAAGAAAGAUUGAGGCUGGAUAAGUCAAAGUACAAGAAACACUCUGGACAUCUUCAUCUUCUAACUUUUCAGGUCAUUCUCGCUGAGAUCAUGUAAUUAGUUUUAGUGUGUAAAUUAAAUCUUAAAUGCACUCAGUUGACUAAAAGGAGAUGGAUCCCUGUUACCUCCUUACAGAAUAUGUGUUUUUGUUUUUGUUUUGUUUUGUUUUAUGGGCCUCUGAUUCAGGCUCAUGACUGCAGACAAAAAAUACAAUAUGUGCCUGAAAAAAAAAAAAAAAAAAAAAAGACAAAAGAAUUUUAUAACAUUGAAAACCUGAAUAGCCUUUAAUUCUUCAGUACAUUUUAUGUAAAACAGGUUGGGUUUUUUGUUUUGUUUUGGGGUUUUUUUGCCAUGUGCAUUUGUUCACAUUUGUAAAUGACUUAAUGGAAUUCUCACUUUAUGUUUAUUUGUGUAAUGUGUAUAAAAUGGGUUUGUGACUUAAGCAUAUUCAUAUAUGGUCAGUGGUUACUUUAAUAUUGUACUGCUGCUGGUAACUUUUGAUGUAGAACUUGCCUUUUGAUGAUAAAGUACCUCUAGGUUAGACAGUGAGGGAAGGCUCUUGGAAAAAACUGAAUGUUCUCCAAUGUUUUCUUAACAUAUUUGCAGAAGCUUUCAAAAGGAGUUUCAGUCAAACCUCUUGGCAGUACAGUAUUCUUGUAUUUGUUAUUGUCUGUGUGUAGGUACUGGUACCUUUUUUUUUUGUUUGUUUAAAAUGUUUUAAGUGUUGGCUUUAAAGUGAAUUUAUCUUUAGUAUGAUAGUAAUAUGAAAAUUAUAGGUUUUGUGUGCAGAGAAUUUUUUUAUAAAGUGCUUUGUAAAAAAAAAAAAAAUGUAUUCUAGCUUUCGCGGUACAUAUGUGUGAUAACUUUAAUAUCCAUGACAGUUAAGUGCAAUUAUUUCAUCACUCUAAAAAUGCUAUUUUUGUGUCGGUUACUGCAGGUGUUUUCAUGUCUUUGCAAAGUGACACAUUUUGAUGCCUUCUUGAUAAAGUGGUAGAAUUUUUGUAGCUUUCUAGAAACUUUGUAUUCAUACAGUAUCAAUUGAAAAUAAAGAAAAUGAAAGUGUUUUG